CUCCUGACUAAAUAUGCAUCACGCUGCAUGAUGUGCUGCGACAGUUUAUUUGUAUUUUCAUCUUUCCUUUUUCUCCUCCAAUUAAAACCAUCAACAACUACGAGCAGGCUUAUUGGCAUACUUGAUCAUUCAAGGUGUCAAACUCUCUAUCAAAUCCCAUCAGAAGCAGGCAUAUCUCUCAAGCACACGGAGCAUAAACUAGAACUACAUAAACUAACAAGAAGUCCUCCUCCCGCAUCUCAUUAA